GCAGGAGAUCUCGUGUUGCUUCAACCUUAAUGAUAUCAUCUGCGUCUGCAAGGAACGAGUUUUCCCAAAACAGAUCCUGUCCUAUAAAGCCCAACAUCAUCCACCACACCUACCUGGUUUGAGCCAGCCCUAAAACCGCAAAGCGACAACAGCAACCACCCAACCGUCACCAUGGACGUCCUUCUUGACAUCCUCGACACGUUCGUCUUCGAUCGGAUCUACGCAUCGGUACUUCCGAGUUAUGAGAUGUACUCCGGCAACGCGACCAUGGAGAGCCAGUCGCUCUACAACCAGCACAUUGGCCUUUAUUAUCCGCUGAAACCGUCUCAAUAUGCCAAUGGGAGCCAGUGGAAGCGUGACUACCUCCCCAGACAGGCACUGUCACUAUUCUUCCUGAUGUGGGUAUUCGGCCUCGUCAUGUACCUCGUCGGCAGCACAAUCCUGUACCACACCGUAUUUGACAAGUCCCUGAUGAAACACCCACGGAUCCUGCACCAGCAGAUCCGACAGGAGAUCAAGCAGGGUCUCAUCGCCAUGCCGAUCAUGUCCAUCCUCACCGUGCCGUUCUUCCUGCUCGAGAUCCGCGGAUGGUCCAAGCUGUACGACUUCUCAAGCCAGGAGCCCUUCCCCGGAUACUCCUAUCUCCAGUACCCACUUUUCAUCUUCUUCACAGACACCGGCGUCUACUGGAUCCACCGAUGGGAGCACCACCCGGCCAUCUACCGGUUCCUGCACAAGAAGCACCACAAGUGGAUCGUGCCGACCCCGUACGCCAGCUAUGCGUUCAACCCCGUGGACGGCUGGGCCCAGAGCCUGCCCUACCACAUUUUCCCGUUGCUGUUCCCGCUGCAGAAGUGGGCGUAUAUCGGGCUGUUCGUCUUCGUCACCAUGUGGACCCUUGCUAUCCACGACGCUGAAUGCCUUUCUCGGUCUGCAGUAAUCAACGGACCCGAGUGUCAUACGCUGCACCAUCUGUACUUCAACUACAAUUAUGGUCAAUUCACCACGUUCUGGGACCGAUUGGGCGGCACAUAUCGCAAAGCCAAGGGCGACGAGUUGAAGCACAAGGGCGAGUAAGAUGGGGGAGAUUGGAUGACUGGUCUGGAACUGG